UGGGCGGCCGCGUCGUCGUGGGGCUCGGCAUCGGUGUGGCUUCUAUGACAGUACCAGUAUACAUCGCAGAGGUUGCUCCACCCCAUUUACGAGGCAGAUUAGUUACCAUUAAUACUCUCUUCAUCACCGGAGGACAGUUCUUUGCAAGUGUUGUUGAUGGAAUCUUCAGCUACCUCGCAAAGGAUGGAUGGAGGUACAUGCUGGGCCUCUCAGCAGUUCCUGCGAUUAUACAAUUUCUUGGCUUCUUGUUUCUUCCUGAAAGCCCCCGCUGGCUCAUUCAGAAAGGCCAGACCCAGAAAGCACGAAGAAUUCUCUCUCAGAUGCGUGGUAACCAGGCAAUUGAUGAAGAAUACGACAGUAUCAAGAACAACAUUGAAGAAGAAGAAAAAGAAGUUGGAGCAGCUGGACCUGUGAUCUGCAGAAUGCUGAAUUACCCCCCAACUCGAAGAGCUUUAAUUGUGGGUUGUGGCCUGCAGAUGUUCCAACAGCUGUCAGGAAUUAACACCGUCAUGUACUACAGUGCUACUAUUCUGCAGAUGUCAGGGGUUCAAGACGACAGGCUUGCAAUUUGGCUGGCUGCAUUAACAGCAUUUAUAAACUUCAUUUUCACUCUAGUGGGAGUCUGGCUUGUUGAAAAAAUGGGCCGCCGGAAACUUACACUUGGUAGCUUAACAGGUACUGGUAUAGCACUCAUUAUUCUAGCUUCGGGAUUUUUGCUGUCAGCUCAGGUCUCACCACGAAUCACUCUUAACCCAACAGCACCUUCAGGUCCAAAUGCUACUUGCACAAAAUACAGUUAUUGCAAUGGAUGCAUGUUAGAUCCCAACUGUGGUCUCUGCUACAAACUGAAUAAGUCAAGUGUUGUUGAUUCCUCCUGUAUUCCUGUUAGUCAAGAAACUACAAUGAAAGCAGCUUGGGGCAGGUGUUCAAAUGAAACCACGUUCAAAAGAGAAGAUUUAUUUUGGGCAUACAACUACUGUCCUACUCCCUACGCUUGGACAGCUCUUUUGGGCCUUAUUUUAUACCUGGUUUUCUUCGCACCUGGAAUGGGACCCAUGCCUUGGACAGUAAAUUCUGAAAUAUAUCCACUUUGGGCCAGAAGCAUAGGGAAUGCAUGUUCAUCUGGUGUCAACUGGAUUUUCAAUGUUCUUGUAUCACUGACAUUUUUGCAUACAGCAGAGUACCUUACAUACUAUGGAGUAUUCUUCCUCUACGCAGGGUUUGCUGGCGUGGGACUCAUUUUCAUCUACGGAUGCCUUCCUGAGACUAAAGGGAAAAAACUAGAGGAAAUUGAAUCUUUAUUUGAAAGCAAGCUAUGUACAUGUGGUAUGUCAGAUUCUGAUGAAGGGAGGUAUAUUGAAUAUAUUCGGGUGAAGGGAAGUAAUUAUCAUCUUUCUGACAAUGAUGCUUCUGAUGUGGAAUAAUUUUCAGCUGCUGAUGUAUUUAAUCAUUUAAAAGCCUUCUGGGGGAAGAACAGCUCUUGGUGACCUCACUGCCCUGCUUCUGGUCUGGUUCUUCUUUCUACUGUUUUGUUACAAAUGCUUUUAUGUUCUAUAUUACUUCAUUUGGUAGACAAUAAAAUGUUCUGCUGUUUUCUUGAUAAGUGAAAGCAAUGGCUUCCAAAGGAAAUUUCAUUCUAUGGUAAUAUAAAUUUUUACCAACCGUGUGCGAUUCUGCACCCUCCUGAAUUACUCCAAAUUGUGCAUUACACCAAAUGAAAUGGAUAGCACACAGUGAUACAGAGUGAUUAUCUUUAUUUACUGAUAAAAAUAAUAUAAUGGCCAAUCAGAAACCAGAUGGAUCAUAAAAGACCUUGUGUUUACACUUCUGUGGCCCUUCAAAUUAUUCUGCUGUGUAAUAAGCAAAAUGUGAAAUCCACAGGUUGUUAUAGCAGUAAAUAUUUACAACGAUAACUGAGUUUUGAAAAUACAAAUAUCUUCUGUAUAUGUAGGCAAGAGGUCUCUAAGUUAUUCUGAUGGAAUUCCACUUUUUGGUGCUUUGUGGUGAUUGGACAUGCUCAGUGUUUCAACUAUAAUCUCAGAAUGGAUGUUUUAUAUUGUCCAACUACUGCUCUUUGACUACAUAAUAUAAACAGUAGGUGGCAUUUGUGAACUAAAUUGCCAAAGAACAACUAUAAGCUCACAACAAGGUGUAGGUAAUCAUGACUGUCCACACAAGAAGUAACAUCGAUUA